AUGAUCCCAGACCAAAAGGGCAACCAGAAACCAAUUAGGGUGGAGCCAUCCGAGCUCCUGACUGAGAAUGAAAUCAGGAAGAUCUUGCUGGCUUGGGUGAAGCGAAGGAUGUGCUUAAAAAACAAAGUAGCACGUAGAUUGAUCAUUAUGGACAUCAAACCAUCAUUAAUAGUACAUUAUUUCCUGGAUACCUUUGUAGAGCACAGAUCCAUCCAUUACUGCUAUGAUCCAAAACCACCCAAAGGGACAUUGUUACCUCCUGGCAGCAGUUUGAAGGUUUGGAAUGUGCCAUGUUUCCCAAAUGCUAUGUUUACAGAUGAAAUCCAGUACUUUGUAUUGCCCAACAGUGAGGAGAAAGGUUUAUGUUCAGAAUGCAAUGGGACAGGGUCCUCUGUUUGUCAAAGGUGUGUGGGUAAAGGUAAAAUUGACUGUCGAAAUUGUUUUAGUUUUGGAUUAGGAAACAAAGUCCAGUUGUGUUCUGAGUGCACAGGGAACAGGUUUGUGAUGUGUAACACCUGCAAUGGUGUGGGACUCGUGCCAUGUACCAGGUGUUCAGCCAAAGGAAAGGUCUGGUACUUCAUCCAACUGAAGGUGCAAUACAUUAAUCAUCAGAUGGACAAACUCAUCUCCAAUGAACGCUUAGCCCUCAAAGUGGCAUUGAAAGCCAAGGGAGAGAUAGUGUACACUCACACUGCUGACAUACUUGGGCCCAUCAAUACCUGCUCCAUUGAGAACGUAAACAUCACGUCAAAUUUAUUAGUGAACAGGUCCCAAGUGUCCUGGCCAGACACCCUGAUCUUGCAGCAGAGACACACCCUUAAGGUCUUCUCAAGCAACGAAGUGUUCUUCACUUGGAAGAACUUUGAGGGACAUUUCUGGAUCUAUGACAAGAACCACCGAGUUCAUUUCAAGCAGUACCCUCAGAAGAUGUUGCCAUGUUUGUUGGCCAUUGAUAGUCAAAAUGGAGGCAAUGCCCAAUAG